GGCCAAGAAGGGUCCCAAAGUCAAUGUUUAAGGCUUUACUAAAUAUUUGGCAUGGUGAAAAACAUAAGGAAAUUAGUGAAAGAAACACAUCAAAUCGUCUAGUGGGAAAGGAGAAGAAUAUAAUGCAUAUUGUAGGACCAAGGAGUUUUGCUAGGGUCAAAGAAGAUUGGAAAAAAGAAAGAAAAACCACCAAAGAUCCGACACCCGCGCAAGUGUUUAUUGAAACUCGUAAGGAAAAGCGGACAAAGCGCAAGCCUGGUGACCCAAGAGACAAACUAAUUACUGAACUUAAACAACAAGAUUCCCAGGCAACUAUUGCAGUGAGCGAUGUUGAGAGUGUCGUUUCUACUAUUUUUAGUUCUAGUGACAAAAAGAAACGUCAGUUACGCCUAUAUGGAAGGGGUGUUACUUUUACCCAGUUAAAACAUAAGGCUAUUUUAGAAGAGACUAAAAAGAAGCACGAUGAGGAGGUUCAAGCUAUAAGAAAAAGUUACGAAGACAAGAGGAACCAAGAUAGGGCAGAGUUAGCUAAUGGUCUACGAUCAUUUUUCUCUCAAAUGGAAGAAAAAAGUCCUCACAUGUCUUUUGAUCUUAGCAUGUUUGGCUCUUUGUUGGUUGCUGGUCACUCCCAAAAGGACACUCAAAGUUUUCCUAGCACCUCAGGAAUGCUUCGCCUACAUUCUUCAGCUUCUACAGAUGUUCCUAACAAUCAGUGUGUGAACGCCAUGGAAGAAGAAGAUGACGAAGAUGAAGACGAAGACUUAACUUGAUUUAUGCUUUACCUUAUCCAUUGUCGCUUCCUUACACCCUUUUGGUCAUAAUGCUCUAAAUAAUAUCAUUAGAUUAGUAUAAUUAGUAGUACUCUUUGGCAAGAUAUUGUUUAGACUUAAUUUGGUUUUUAGAUUUUGGGUUGUAUUUUGUUUCGAUUUUCGA